GCCCCGCCCACUCCGCUUGCCUCGGUGAGUCUUGAGGAUCCCGCUGUGCGCUCUCACUCCUCCCGGUGCAGUAGUGCAUGUGACAGUGCUGCAGGCGGAGGAAGAACCGGAGACAGAAGCCCGAGAGCCGGCGGAGGAGGACGUUCCCGGGGCGCAGGAGAGAAGGAUGACAGUUCAGUGAGCAGCGAGGAGGCCGAGAUGAGCGAGCCCACGUGGCUAGCAGCCGAUCUGGGAGCAGCGUCAGACCUGAGCCCAUCGAGCCACGGAGAGAGGAUGCGCCACAGUCCGCAGAACGCCCACAGCAAAGAGGACGACGAUGAUUCGUCCUCAGAGAGCGGCAGUGGAAACGGCCUGCCCGCCCUGACCCCUCCCUCCUCUGCUGUGACAGAUGGCGCCGUAGUCAGGGAAACUGAGGUUGUGAAUGGAAACGGUGGCCCCGCCCCUCUCGACUUCAGCAGGCCCACUUCCUCUUCCUCAUCCUCUGAGGACCAGCAGCCGAUCAACCUGAGUGACCCGCCUCCUCAGCGCCUGCCUCUGCCCACCUCACACCUGCCCAUCACUGUCUCAGCGGCGGCCGCGGCGCUGCUCGGCGCGCUCCAUCCCAGCGCGCCCGAGGAGCUCCGCAGGAAGUACCCGCUGGCUGCCAAACCUCCUCUAGCUCCACAUCCCGCCCUGCCGCUGCCCCUGCCGCACACACACGCUCCUCACAAUGCACACGCCCCCAACACGCAGUCACACACACACGCGACCGAGCUGCGACUGGACCGCGACGGCAGGGAAUAUGGCGGCAAGUCCCCACAGUACAGUUCAGGCGGCAGCUACGACAGCAUGAAAAUGGACUUGAGCGCCGAAGACUUGACCGUGGGGCGUCAUGGCAGCCAGGGCGCUCCCGAUGAUUAUGACGACGACCACGACGACCAUGACGACAACGACAAGAUGAACGACACGGAGGGCGUCGACCCCGAGAGAUUAAAAGCCUUUAAUAUGUUUGUGCGUCUGUUUGUGGACGAGAACUUGGAUCGGAUGGUGCCUAUCUCCAAGCAGCCUAAGGAGAAGAUCCAGGCCAUCAUCGAGUCCUGCAGCAGACAGUUCCCAGAGUUCCAGGAACGCGCCCGCAAGCGCAUCCGCACCUACCUCAAAUCCUGCCGUCGCAUGAAGAAGAACGGCAUGGAGACCCGCCCCACUCCACCUCACCUCACCUCGGCCAUGGCUGAGAACAUCCUGGCUGCUGCCUGCGAGAGCGAAUCACGCAACGCUGCCAAGAGGAUGCGCCUCGAAGCCUACCACGAUGAGCAGAUCACUCUGGAUAAGCCGUCCGGGGUCGGAGGCGUUCUGAGGGAGCCGGCGUCCCUCGCUCACUCCGCCUACUCAUUGGCCGCCUCAGCCUUCUCCUCCCAGGAGUCCCAGCUCUAUAUCAACGGCGCUGGCCUCAGCUACGGUUACCGUGGAUACCCAGGCCUGAGCGCCACCAUGCAACACCCUGUUUCCUUGACAACCGGUGCUGCUGCUGCCGCUGCUGCUGUUGCUGGUCAGACCAACGGCCCCACUGACCUCAGCAUGAAGUCUCACUCCUCCACCAACGUCAGCAACUCCUCCUCUUCUGUUGCCGCCAACAGCCUCGGUGGGCGGGGCAGUGGUGGUGGAGGAGGGGGCGGGGCGUCGACCCAGCUCAGCCAGCCAGAGAUCACGGCCGUGCGUCAGCUGAUCGCUGGAUACCGAGAGUCAGCCGCCUUCCUGCUGCGCUCAGCAGACGAGCUGGAAAACCUCAUCCUGCAGCAGAACUGAUCUCACACACACACACACACACACACACACUACCCCGUCACGUUUCCUGCGCCCUCGCCGGCCUCGCCUGGUUUUGAAACUGUGGCGACCGUUUGGAGGAAAACGGGAACCUGAGGCCGCAGCGAGGGCGGAGAAUCCACCGAAUCCUGCCUGAGAACAAAACCCGGAACGCCGCAGGAAGCUCGGCUCCUCUGCGGAGGCGCCUCACAAUCACAGAGGAGGAGGAGCAAAGACUCUCUGGGGAGCUGUGGGGUCGAUCUUCUUCUGGUUAUAAAAACGACGUCGCGUUGAGGCUGUCUGUUUUCGGACGCUGUCCGUUUCUUUGUUGGGACGUUUUCUCUUUCGUGAUUUUUCCGUUGGACUUUUUUAAAGUGAAAGAAGAAAAAGAACAGACUGUUCGUGUUCGCCUGUAUAUAAGCUCUCUGUGUCCUUCAGCACUUUCUCCUCACCUCUGACCUCACCCCGUCCUUGCCCUUGGCCCCGGGAGCCGCGCGCUCACUUAUGCAUCCGAGACGCCAUUUUGACCGCCAGGAAAUACCUCAGAUCAGACCUGCCAAUCAAACGCUCAGCUCCUGCAGGUGAAGCCGGGUUUCUCCGCCUCCUGAUGUCGUCAGCGUUUCUUUCUUUUCUGAGGAGAGUCGUGCACGUGUGCGCAGGUUUACCUCCAGCUUCUAUGAAACCUCAGCAUCUGUCCCUCCUCCUCCUCCUCUUCUUCUUCUCUCUGUUUGGACCUACUCUCCGGCUCUUCUUCGUGGACCUAAACCUCCUCCUCUUCCUCAGGCUUGAGGAUGAGGAGGACUGCUCCGUCUUACUGUGUGUGUCUGUUAAACUCUGAGAUGGCCAUUAUUAUUAUUGUUGUUAUUACUAUGAUUAUAAUGAUGAACUUUCAUGUUGCUGCUGCUAUUUUAAAAACCGGACCUUCUGCCAUAGACCUGAAACCUCAACACAGCCGGGCGGUAGCUCGCCGCAGUGCCCCGUGAAAACACGACCAACCGGCUCAGAGAGCGACGGUCCGAUCCGGCGCUCCUCUCUGUCCCGCUGGCUGCUUGGUUGGCUGCUUUCUUUGUUUUGCUUCAUAGGGCUCGAUUCCUGUCGUGUUUUGUGACUUUCUAACUGUGAAUCUUCUUCUUUUCGGACCCUCCCCUCAGUUUGGAGGGCACGGGGAGGGCUGUACAAACUUCUAGUCCCGUGUAGAUUAAUACUAUCUGUUUGUUUACUAGUGUGUAACUUGUGAUUAGUCUGAGAGGAAAGUGAGGCAGCAGAUAAGUGGAGCGGGAGCUCCUCCCUCAGGUUCUCAGCCAUGUUGGAAUCACUCCUGAUGUUCUGGUCCCUGCUUACGCUCUGCUGCUUGAAGAGUUUGACGUUUGUGGAAAUAGGAUUUGCUUUCAAGUUAGAUGAAAAUCUGACCUCAUUGUUGUACCUGUCUGUAAAUUUUAGCUGCACCUUCCAACCCUGGAGCUCUAGAAGCUGCAGUUCCUCUGAUGUCCUCUGGAGGCUCCAGUGGUGGGUCGGCCUCAUAGACUCCCAUGUUAAAACUUUAGAGCAGAGGUUAACAUGCUUAUGGCUCAGCAGUAGCUUCUGGACCAUAUAGGAUACAAGACAGUAGCCCUAAGCUAGCUUAGCUUUAAACACUAGAAGCUGGGGGAAGUGGCUAGCUUACUCAUUAGCAUGUUAUGCCCUGUAAAAAGAAGCCAUACUAAAAAAAAAGAGAGAAAACAUAACAUGUUAGCUGGUGCUCUGUACAGGUAUAAGCAGAUUUUCUGACCUUUAAACAGAGCCAGGCUAGCUGUUUACCCCUGCCUGCAGUCUUUGAGCUAAGCUAAGCUAGCUGUCAGAACAUCAAACGUCCCAUCAGGAUCUCUGCAAGGAAGCAAGUUAUUUCCCCAAACUCAAACUCUUCCUUUAAUUCUCGUUCUCAUCACCACUGAGUACUUUUGUCUUUUGAUAGCGUUGUUUAAAGAUAAUUAUUUUUCAUUAUGUGAAAUUUAGCUUCAAAGUGCAUUUUGAACCUCAGCUCGUUAAGGCCCUCGGGCUCAGUAAGGCCUCGGGCUCGUUGGGGCCUCGGGCUCGUUGGGGCCUCGGGCUCAGUAAGGCCUC